AGAAUUGACUCGCGCCCUCGUCCGCCGCCAUAGGCCGGUGCCAGUGCCGGGGUUUAAGGGCCAGGAAAGGAAGCAUUCAGGGAAUUUAGGUGUAGCCAGAAGAAAAUCAGGUCCUGGCUCCCCAGAAGCAAGAGAGUUCAAGUGAAGGAAGGAGGAGGUUCCUGGAUGUGGAUGUCAUCAUUUCUGGGAACACUCUUAAAUGGAGACUCAGAUUUCUUAGCCAAAAUUUAGGGAGGAUCCAGAAGAAACCAAAGACGAAGCAUCCCAGUUCUUGGGUAUUUCCUGAAACAGAAGAAAAUGACAAAGGCCCAGGUAACUUUUGGAUUGUUUUAUUCUUAACUCGAUUCCCUGAUGGAUUUGUGGAAGUCUGAAGAAAUCAGUUCAUUUACAUUAAAAGUGUAAAUUGGAAAAAAUGAGCUCUGGGGAGAAACAGACUUAGACUGUACCUUUAAUCCAGGGCAAAGUGGGAUCACGAAUACUUUGUUCACAUAGUUCACAUGUGACCAGUGUUGGAAUAUAAUGUGUGACUCUGCCAGACCCUGUUGGCUACAUUAAGUGUCAGCUUGUGUCCAAAAUCUUUGGCCACCAUCACACCCAGAGAAUCAUGGAAUCACUGACCCUGGAGGAUGUGGCUGUGGACUUCACCUGGGAGGAGUGGCAGUUCCUGAGCCCUGCUCAGAAGGACCUGUACCGGGACGUGAUGUUGGAGAACUACAGCAACCUUGUGUCAGUGGGGUAUCAAGCCGGCAAACCUGAUGCCCUCACCAAGUUGGAACAAGGAGAACCACUAUGGACACUAGAAGAUGAAAUCCACAGUCCAGCCCACCCAGAAAUUGAGAAAGCUGAUGAUCAUCUGCAGCAGCCCUUGCAAAACCAAAAAAUACUGAAGAGGACGGGACAACGCUAUGAACACAGAAGAACUUUGAAAUCAUAUUUAGGUUUAACCAACCAGAGCAGAAGAUACAGCAGAAAGGAGCCUGCUGAGUUUAAUGGAGAUGGAGCUUUUCUCCAUGAUAAUCAUGAACAAAUGCCUAUGGAAAUUGAAUUCCCUGAAAGUAGAAAACCCAUCAGCACCAAGUCACAAUUCCUUAAACAUCAGCAAACACACAACAUAGAGAAAGCCCAUGAAUGCACUGACUGUGGGAAAGCUUUCCUCAAGAAGUCUCAGCUCACUGAGCAUAAGAGAAUUCAUACAGGAAAGAAACCCCACGUGUGUAGCUUGUGUGGGAAAGCCUUCUACAAGAAGUACAGGCUCACUGAACACGAGAGAACUCACAAAGGAGAGAAACCCCACGGGUGUAGCUUGUGUGGGAAAGCCUUCUACAAGAGGUACAGGCUCACUGAACACGAGAGAGCUCACAAAGGAGAGAAACCAUACGGGUGCAGUGAAUGUGGGAAAGCCUUCCCCAGGAAAUCUGAGCUUACUGAACAUCAAAGGAUUCACACGGGAAUUAAGCCCCAUCAAUGCAGCGAAUGUGGGAGAGCUUUCUCCAGAAAAUCACUACUCGUUGUACAUCAGCGAACUCAUACAGGAGAGAAGCCUCAUACAUGCAGUGAAUGUGGAAAAGGCUUCAUUCAGAAGGGCAAUCUCAACAUACAUCAACGAACUCACACUGGAGAGAAACCUUAUGGAUGCAUUGACUGUGGCAAGGCCUUCAGCCAGAAGUCUUGCCUUGUAGCACAUCAGAGAUAUCAUACAGGAAAGACUCCCUUUGUAUGUCCUGAAUGUGGGCAACCCUGUUCACAGAAGUCAGGACUCAUUAGACAUCAGAAAAUUCACUCAGGAGAGAAACCCUAUAAAUGCAGUGACUGUGGGAAAGCCUUCCUUACAAAGACAAUGCUCAUUGUACAUCACAGAACUCACACGGGAGAGAGACCCUAUGGCUGUGAUGAGUGUGAGAAAGCUUACUUCUAUAUGUCUUGCCUUGUUAAACAUAAGAGAAUACACUCAAGGGAGAAACAGGGGGAUUCAGUGAAGGUGGACAAUCCUUCCACAGCAAGUCACAGCUUAAGUCCUAGUGAACAUGUGCAGGGGAAAAGCCCUGUUAAUAUGGUAACUGUGGCAAUGGUGGCAGGGCAGUGUGAGUUUGCCCACAUCCUGCAUUCAUGAUAAACAGUUUGCUGUUUGAUCAUAUAGCCUCCAGCGGAAUGCUGAGUUUGUCAUGUCCCAUGGGCCUUUGGCUCCCUGCACUAAUAUGUAUAGUGGGGUUUACAAGAUAUGAAAUAUAUUUUACUUUUUUAUAUCUUAUAAACCUCACUACCCCUCCCACAAUAUUGUUUUUCAUUUACUAUCUUGAUCAUAGAGUUUGGCUGGGGAGGGGGGCAGUUUUAGAGGCUUCCACUUGGUGUUCCUCAGAAUGAUAUCUCUUACUCCGGGGGCCAAGGUAGGGGUUAGCUUUUGUUCUCUUUGUAGUUUAGAUUGUAUCUCUUGCCUUGUUCACAAAUCUUUUUGUGUAUACACAUAUGUACAUGAAAAUGAUGUUCAUGCUUUUUAUUAUUUUACCCUUCAUUAUUUCAUUUUUUAUAGUUCUCAUAGCUAUGUCUUUCAGUUCACUAAUCUUUUUUCCACAGUGUUUAAUCUGUCAUUAAUCCCAUCCAAAGUAUGUUUUCUCUCAGAAAUUGUAAUUUUUAACCUCUAAUAAUUUGACAUGGGUUUUUCCCUUUUAUAUCUUUCAUAUCUUUAUUUAUCAUGGUUUUACUUUUAACCUAUUUAUGCUUUCAUAUUUAAAGUGGGUGUUUAGUGGGCAACAUACAGUUGGGCCUUCCUUUUUUAUCCAGUUAACAAUCUCUGUCUUUUUACUGGGGUAUUUAGAUCAUUUACGUUUAAUGUAUUGAUGUGUUUAGAUUUAAAUUACUAACUUACUAUUUGUUGUUUAUUCUAUGUCUUCUUUGUUCUCCUUUUCUUCUUUUUCUGCUUUCCCUUAGAGUAGCUGAGUGUGUUUAUAUUACAUAUUGUCUCCUUUGUUGGCUUAUUAACUGUAAAUCCUUGUCAUUUGAUUCCUUGAGAUUUUAUAGCAUACAUCAUUGUGAGGGAUUGCAUAUUUAUGUCCUCUCCAAAUUUACAUGUUGAAGUCCUAAUCCCUAAGGGAUGGCAUUAGGAAGUGUGACCUUUGGAAGGUAAUUACAUCUUGAAAGUGGAACCCUCAUGAUGAGAUUAUGUGUCUUAUGAGACAACACAGAAGAGAGUUUGUUUUCUCUUUCUCUGCUCUUUGCCAUGUGAAGACAGAAUGAGAUGACCAUGCAUAAACCAGGAAAUGGACUCUCACUGGACACUAGACCUGCCAACACCUUGAUUGUGUUUUAGAGUCCAGUUCUAGAGACUCCUCAGCCUCUGGAAUGUGAGAAAUGAAUGUUUGUUAAGGCAGUCAGUCAGUCUAUGGUAUAUUUUUUUCUAGUAGCCUGAACUGACUGAAAGAAAAUCAUGAACUUAUCAUUCUAACUUCAAGGACAUUAUAUCACUUACUGUAUAAUAAAAUAAUCUUACAG